AUGGCACUCUUGACUAAAGGAAAAUUAUUUGGUGACGUACAGUGCUAUAUGUAUUCUGUGGAGUGGCAAAAGCGAGGAUUGCCUCACGUUCUUAUCUUACUGUGGCUACAAAAUCGAAUUUCAUCAAACAUAAUUGAUAAUGUCAUCAGUGCCGAAAUACCAGACCCCGAGCAAGAUCCUCUUUUAUAUGACAUCGUCAAAAGUAACAUGAUUCAUGGUCCCUGCGGCAGCUUAAAUCCUAAUGCUCCUUGCAUGAAAGAAAAUACAUGCAGUAAAAGAUACCCUAGAAAACUUUGCCUACAAACACAGACAGGAGACAAUGGAUACCCAGAGUACAAGAGGAGGUCUACAAAUAACGGUGGCUUUACUGUAAGAAUUAAAGGACUUGAUUUAGACAACCAUUGGGUUGUGCCUUACAACCCAGUCUUAUUACGUACUUUCAAUUGUCACAUCAAUGUAGAGAUGUGUCAUUCUGUUAAGUGUAUUAAGUACAUCUGUAAGUAUGUAAACAAGGGCAGUGACCAAGCAGCGUUUACGAUAGAAAACCAGAAGGAUGAGAUUACAAUGUACGAAAGUGGUAGGUAUAUCAACAGUGCCGAAGCAGUAUGGAGAAUAUUAUCAUUGUCCAUUGAACGAUAUCCUACGGUUUUUCAUCUAGCCGUCCACCUUGAGAAUGGUCAGCGAGUAUACUUCACCCCUAAUAACUUGGCAGAGAAGCUCAAUAAUCCUACUAAGACUACGCUUUUAGCAUUUUUUGAGUUAUGCAAAACUGACGUUUUCGCAAAAACCCUCCUUUAUUCGGAAGUGCCUUCUUACUUUGUAUUUAAGAAUAAUAAGUUUCAAAGAAGGAAGCAGGGAAGGAAUGUAGAUGACUGGCCGACCGUAAAGAAGGACGAUGCAUUAGGAAGAGUGUAUACUAUCCAUCCACACAAUACUGAAUGCUACUAUCUUCGUAUGCUUCUUCAUGAAAUUAGAGGACCAACAUCUUUUUCAGACCUAAAGACUGUUAAUGGUAUCCUCCAUAAUACAUUCCUAUCUGCCUGUAAUGUGUUAGGUUUGCUUGAAGAUGAUAAUCACUGGAACAAUACGUUAAAUGAAGCUUUUUUGAGUGAUUCUCCUUCCAAGCUGCGGGAACUAUUUACAGUAAUGUUAGUAUUUUGUCAACUAUCGGAUCCCUUAACUCUUUGGGAUACACAUAAAAACAAUCUUUCAGAGGAUAUUAUCCGACAAAUGGAUGCUGACCAAGAAGAUGAGGCUCACAACAAAUGUUUGAUACAAAUUGAAGAUGCAGUGCUUACUGUAGGAGGUCAGAGUAUAUCAAAUUAUGGGCUACCUCAACCAACAAGGACAGAAAAUAACUUUAAAAACAUAAUCUAUCAGAGAGAGAUAAACUACGACCUGAAUACCUUAACAAAGGUAGUAUUGAGCAACGAGGCCUUACUGACGAACGAGCAAUACAAUGUCUAUAGUCGGAUAAUGCACAGCAUUAAAUAUGAUACUGGAAACAUUUUUUUCUUAAGUGCUCCUGCAGGAACAGGAAAAACUUUUCUUAUAAACUUGCUUUUGACAAAAGUAAGGAGCAAUCGUAAUAUUGCUUUGGCUGUUGCAUCUUCUGGCAUUGCUGCUACGCUUUUGCAGGGGGGGAGGACGGCCCACUCAGCAUUCAAACUUCCCAUCGAUCUCAUUAACAUAGAAACGCCAAUGUGUAAUAUACCAAAACAAAGUAAUAUAACCAAAGUGCUUCGCGAUUGUAAGUUUAUUGUUUGGGAUGAAAGCACUAUGGCGCAUAAAAGAUGUUUUGAGGCACUUGAUAGAUCUCUUAAAGAUAUAAGAAAUAAAAAUGAAGUGAUGGGAGGAGCAACUGUUCUUUUAACUGGAGACUUUAGGCAAACUCUACCAGUUAUACCAAGAGGAAGUCGAGCAGAUGAAGUUAAGGCUUGCAUAAAAGCUUCUUAUUUAUGGCCGUUAAUAGAACAACUUUCUCUCAAAAAGAAUAUGAGGGUCCGCCUGGGAGGUGAUGUCACAGCUGGAAAAUUCUCUGAACUUCUACUCAAAAUAGGAAAUGGAGAUUUUCCCGAGUUAGAUGGGAAGUUGGUUAUCACUAAGGAUUUAGGUUUAGUAGUGACACCACUACAAGAACUUAUAGUUCAAAUUUAUCCUGAUAUUGCCGAUAUAAAAAACAAAUCGAUGGAUUGGUUAUGUGAGCGCGCUAUUUUGACCCCUAAAAAUGACAGGGCAGCUGUGAUUAAUGAAAUUAUUCUUAAAUCAUUAAAGGGAACAGAAAUGGAGUAUAAGUCUAUAGACAUGGUACUGAAGACAGAUGACGCAGUUCACUAUCCUGUGGAGUUCCUCAACGCACUUAAUCCCCCUGGCUUUCCAGCACAUGAGUUAGUCCUUAAAGUAGGAGCUCAAAUUAUGCUGUUGCGAAAUCUCCACCCACCCAAACUCUGCAAUGGUACUCGACUAUACACAUAUUGUCGUUCAACUCAAACAUAA